AUGCCGUCAUUAAAGUUCUGCGGAGAGUGUAACAACCUCCUGUACCCGCGUAGCGACAACCUGAACAAAGUGCUGCUGUACCAGUGCCGUAAUUGCCAGUAUGCGGAGAACGCAACGUCGGAGCCUGGAUGGGCGCCGUGCGUGUACAAGAAUGACCUGUUGACUAUUGCACUUGAACAGGCAGGCCAGACACAGGACCUCGAGACCGACCCGACGCUGCAGCGUUCGCAGAUCGAGUGUCCCAAGUGUCACAAGAAUGGCGCCGUCUUCUACCAGGAUCAGGCGAAGCGGCUCACGACCAACAUGACCCUCUUCUACUACUGUAUCCACUGCAAGAAGCCGUUCCGUGACGAGAAGGCUGUGGCCAAGUCUUCGUAUUAG